UUGGUAGAGAAUUGUGUGCGGGUGACAAACACAACGAGGUGAUUGCCAUUCUUACUUUUUACACUACGCAAGUCACAAUUCCGAGAGGCUGAAAAUAUCUGCGAUUUCUCAGUUUUCAACCCUGAAGAUCUUGGAAACAUAUUAACCAAGUCAUAGACGGAAUGGAUCCAACGAUGUUUACAGACCCGAAUGUGGUGAUCAAACUUGGGCGUGAGUUACAGAAGCGCGUUGGACUGUUACCUGUUGUGGAAGUUCAUGCAUUUCAUUUGGAUUCCCAACCCGGGCAGAUUGUGCGUAUGUUACGUGUCCAACCACAGUCCUACUCUGAGAUCGCACGUGUUGUGCGGGCAGCGCGAACGAUGAAACUUACAGUCCGCGCAUGUGGUGAGAGAACUGGAGGCGAUAUCGGAAUUUACGGAACACCAUCCACCGUAUUAGUUGACUGCGGGCUUCUAGCCGACAGUCCGCGGCUGGAAUUCGUCAACGUGAGGCGCAAAGGUGAUGACGAGGAAAUACCGGGUCUUCGUGUCCUUGCAUGCGUUGGGAUAAAUGAACUCGUGCAGUUUCAAAUCAACAACAGAAUUGAGAUUGCCCAAAGUGUGGAGACCGCUUCGAUUUGGGGAACUGUAGUCGGAGCUGUCACGUCCAGUGCCCCUGGAAUCGUGGGGCCUUGUAGUAAUGCACAAGGAGGAUGUUUAUCAGACGAGGUGAUCGGCAUUCGAAUUGUGGACUGCCACGGGGACCUCAUUCAGUACUCAAGCAAGGAAGAACUUUCAGCCGCUUUGUCUACUCUUGGGGUGCUGGGUAUCGUGUAUGAUAUAACGUUGCGAUACACCCCACUGUCGCUCACCAGGGUUGACUACAGAUUUCUCAAAUGGUCAAAUUUGUUGGAUAUGGAUAACUCGAUUCUACGGAAAUCGAUCGAGGAAAAGCUUUUCACAGAGCUCAUCUAUCUACCGUAUAACAGCUGUGAUCUAGAAGAACAGGAUAUUGUCGAACUUCCAGAAUGGUCGGCUGAACAAGAUGAAGUGAUCUUGCGUACAGGAAAACAUUUAGGUGAAGCAGUCAACCCGGGGGCUGAUGAUCCGUCAGUGGUGGAUUCCUGUCCUAGACAAUUGGUUUACCUAAUCGAUCAAGUUUUCGGUCCCGAACCAAAAGAAUUUAUCACCCAGAUAUCGAAAACCCCUUGGUUGCUUGGACGAGCUCACCAUCAUUUGCGCUGUCGCUUUCAGCCGGAGCCUAGUCAAAUCCAGUAUACUCCGUGGGCUAUCAAUGCUCUUGGAAAAAUUGCCGAACCAAUUCGAACGCUUCGGUUUACCAUGGAAACCGAUAAGGACCUGAAGGAAUUCGCUGAGGCUAUGAAAGUUGUAUUUGAACUGCUUGAGGAUCUUGCACGUGGUGGACGGAGAUAUCACAAGAACUACUCGAUAAACCUGGGCUUGCGCGUGCAUUUCACCGGCCGAACUAAAACUGGUCGCCUUCUUGGUGUAGGGUUUGACUCUGGAGAGGAUCAGUACAACACCAACAUCCUAGCACACUUUACGUUCGUCGGCAUCACUUCACCAGGGCCGAGCACAUUGUGGACGAGGGCAGCCAAUCACACAACAAAUGUCUUACUUCGUUCAAUCCCAAGAUGUAUGCCACAAUGGAGAAGCGAGUGGUACGGCAUUACGGAAUUAGUCAAGCGCUUUCAAGAUGCACUGUGCAAACAAAUCGAACCAUUGAAGAAGUUGGUUGAGUUGGCCGAUCGCGAUGGGGUUUUCUUGAAUGAGUUGAUGGCUUCCAUCCUCUAUCCGGAACCCACGUUCUACCAAAAGUUAUAUCAGUCACAACGCAAUGACGCACUGUAUGCUGUAAUUCAGGACACAGCCUGUUUAGUAUUCUAAAGCCAAAGAUAGCUUCUUGUAUCACCAGUUUUCUUCCAAAGGAGGUGGAUUUGGAGAGCACCGUCUUGUUUGCCUGUGGAUCAUUUGUCAUUUCUUCCUAUUCAGUUUAUUUCGGUUGGCAUAUCACACUCCGUGAACUGGAGUCACUUGAAAAUACAACAUUUGAUUGUGUG